UUCUUAAAAGCUCACUCUGUUAGGGUUUCGUGGCUCGCUAAUCCUUUUAUUAGUUUCACAAACCCAAUAGAAUAGUUUCUGAAGCUGAAUCUCUCUCGUCACCAUGAUCACAUGAUCAUAUCUAAGCUCUAAUUGGAUUCGCGUGUUCGCAAUUUGACGGAUUUUGUACCAAAUUGCUGUCUCUCUGUUCAGAAAGAAUGGAACAAAAACGCAAAAUCGGUGGUGAAGUUUUUAAUAGUCGAGGUGUUGCGAACAAGGACAGGAUCAGUGAGUUGCCUGAAGAAUUACUUCUGCACAUAUUGUCUUCACUUCCGACAGUAAUUGCUAUAACCACUAGUGUUCUGUCUAAACGGUGGAAGUCUCUUUGGAAGGUGUUGCCAAAUCUCAAUUUUUAUUCUGGCUAUCGCCAUACAUCUUCAGAUAAUAUUUGCAGUUCUUUAAUUCUACAUAAAGCUCCGGUCCUAGAGAGUUUGUAUUUGGGAUUUGGAGAUGAGAGUGAUGCUUCGGAUGUUGGGAUAUGGAUUGGAAUUGCUUUUGCACGCGAUCUGCGCAAAUUGGUACUCAGUUUUCCAUGUUAUGAUGACGACUCAGUAAGAUUUCCGAGUUCUUUGUGUUGUUGUAGUAACACACUAGAGAGCUUGAAACUCAAGUUUUCAAUUUUUCUAGACCUUCCUUCUCGGGUCUGUUUCAACUCCCUUAGAGAGUUGCAUCUUUACUAUACACUAUUCAAAGACGAGGAAUCUGUUUCAAACCUUUUAUGCGGCUGCCCUAGACUUGAAGAUUUGGUGUUGCAUCGGAUAAGAAAUAACAAUGUGGAAACUUUAACUAUUGCGGUGCCAUCGUUACAGAGACUAACCAUUGAAGAUGAUCACUAUGGAGGUGAUGGUGGCUAUGUGAUAAAAGCUCCUUCUUUGAAAUACUUUAACAUCGAUGGGUUCAAUAGGAUUGGAUUUUGUCUGAUUCAGAAUGCGCCAGAGCUGGUGGAUGCAAUAAUCACCAACGUUUUUGAUAUAACCAAUGAGAAAAUGCUGGAACCUCUAACUUCAGCCAAACGCCUUUCCUUAGACUUAUCACCCUUAAAGAUUAAGUAUCCUACUGGUAAAAUCUUCUAUCGGCUUCUAUUUUUGGAGCUGCAUACAAACAAAGAAGAGUGGUGUAAUCUUCUUUCGCUCAUGCUCGAUAGUUCUCCUAAAUUACAAAUCCUCAAGCUCAUUGACUCAAAGUGGUAUAUUAAUAAAGAUAAUCUGGUGGACCGGAGAUGGAAUCAACCGAAAUGUGUACCAGAAUGUUUGUUGUUCCAUCUUGAGACAUUCGAAUGGACAAGAUACAGAUGGCAACUAGAAGAUGAGAAAGAAGUGGCUACAUACAUCCUCAAGAACGCAAGACGCCUGAAGAAAGCAACUCUCUCCACAAAAUCCAUCGAACCUAACGAGCUCGAGAAGUUGGAAAAGAGACGUGAGAUGCUCAAUGAGUUGGCUAAUGUGGUUAGGGCCUCAAACUCAUGUCACCUCGUGUGUGAAGCUGAUUGAUACCUACUCUUCUAGUUAAUUGUUGUUCCAUCUUGAAACAUUUUUUGGAGAGGAUACGGAUAGCAACUAGAAGAUGAGAAAGAAGUGGCUACCUACAUUCUAAAGAACGCUAGACGCUUGAAGAAAGCAACUCUCCACAAAACCCAUCCAAUCUAGAAAGCUCGUGGAGUUGUAAAAGAGAUGUGAGAUGCUGAACGAGUUGAUUAUUGUGGCUAGGGCUUCAAAUUCAUGUCACCUCGUGUGUGAAGCUGAUGUAAUGGGUAGGAUAUUUUUCUUUUCAAGUACGAUUUCUAUUUUGUGGAUUUAAUUAUAAAACUAGUAGGAUAUUAUU